AUGAUUAAACCUGCCAUAGUGGAACAGUCUGCGCCUAGCAAGCCACUGAAGCUGCUUCCAGGCGAGCUCACUCCAGAGGUCACACACAAUUGGGAAAACACAUGUGCAACUUACUUUAUCUCCACACAUGGUACCUCACACAAAUAUGUCAUGGCACUAAAGGACACUUGGCUCGAAACACAUUGGGAUACAAAACUAUGGAAGAAGGUACUAGGAUCACAACAAGGUUCACGCGCCUUCUAUGGAUGGGCUUUGGAACUUCAGAACCAAACCACCCUCUUGUAUGGAAACACCACACACCUGACGGAUGCCCAACUGCAGAAUCAGUUGGAGGCCAACAUAUGUGAUGACCUGAUGACAUUAGUUCUCAGAGUGAAACUUGCAUCAACUCUCACGCUCAAGAACUGGAUUGAAGAAGUCCACCACCUUGAUGAGAAAUGA